AUGCGCCUUAGUCUAGAUGGCGAAACAUCUGCUUCUUCUGCUCCAGUCGAUGUCGUGAAGAUGGAUUAUUCAACGGAUUUUCCUAAGUUGCCUGAAGUUGCGUCUGCUGCUGCAAAGCCUUUAGGAGCUUGGUCUCGUCCAGCUGUAGGAACAAAGCAGAUUGUUCACGACGCUCAUGCACGUCUUGUGCGCGACUUACAGACUCAAGCCAGCCGUGAUUUGGAGAUUCCCAAAGAUCACCAUAGGAAACUUAUAGGUAAAGAGGGAACAGCACUCCGUCAGCUAGAGGCUGAUACAAACUGCCGCAUCACGAUACCC